ACAGCGACUCCAGCAGAGUGCAUUAGCGCUAAUGAUUACAUGCGCAUUUACUGGCAGGAUGCGAAGAGCGCGAAACAACAAUUGAACAGAAAGUCACUUCUGUAGAGAUUGUACAUUGAGUGCACGGUGAAUUGUGCACUACGCCGUGCGACCAUUCAAAAACGCAUAAGGAGGAGUGUGCGCGACAUUGUUUCCGUUUGUGCGUGUGGGUCAUUGAUGUCGGUGUGUAGGGGCAGCCUGGUCAGCGGGCUAGUCAGUGGCUGAUAUAACAGCGCUCAUCGCCUAUGUUUGAACUUCAUGCCUGAACAUAUGUGUAUGCCAUGUUUUCUAGCGCGGAGCUCUGUCAUGCGAAUCCUCUGGUACGCCCACGCACAGCGCACGCACGCUCGUUCACUCCCAAGACGACACCGAAUCCGUGACUCUCUCCAGUUGAGCUGGUGACGCUGUUCGCUCUCUGGCGGUAGAACGGGGAUGUUUGGCAUUUGUACCGAUUUGUGCUUGCACGGUGCGUCUUCUGUGAGAUGAACGGAUGGAGAGGACCAGUGACCAAACAUGCCUACAGUCCUCCGCGGCACGGGAAAACUUUCCAUCGUGUGUUCACUGAUUCGUUGCGCAUCUCAGCAUCUGGAACAGGAAAUGGUGGUGGCAGACAUGCAUUGCUCUGCCUCACAGGUCACAGGAAGUGAGCGUAACGGCUGUUCCAAAGAUAUUCUAUGGGACAUGACCCAUUCCUGGCCAUCCCAGCAACCCUCAGGAGGGAGUCAGGCCCAGCGCUUCCCCUAUAACCCUAAGGAAGCAAAGCAGCACACAACUCAGCAAACUUGGGAGAAUGUGCAGCAGCUGAGGAUGACCCAGCCUCACGUGGCGCCUCACAAAUCCAUGCUCGCUGAUGACUUGAAGCUCAGCAGUGAUGAGGAGGAUGCUGACAAGGACCCUGAGCAGUCAGCCUCCUGGACUGGUAACAAUAGUCUGUCGGAACAGCACACACACACACAUGGUGGGAGGGUGAGACAUUCAUGCUCAGACUCUUCAGGCUCAGACUCUUCAGGCUCAGACUCCUCCAGUGAGUCGGAGGAGGAGAGCAGCAGCCAGCGCCUUCGUAGCCCCAGCCCAGAAACACACUCCGAUCCUGGGACACCCACCGACGCUCAGUCCCUCGGCUGCACCGAAGAGACAGAUCACCCCCCCACCACUCAGUGGCAGCUGGAUAAGUGGCUGAAGAAAGUCCGAAAAAAAUCCUCCUCCUGGGAUUCCAGCAACCGUGACCACACCCAGAGAGCUACAGAACACAGCUCGCCCUCCCCAGACCGCCACAGAGCCCCGUCUCCAGCCAGAUCCUGGGGGACCAGAGAGGACUACAGCCCCGGCCAGAGCCCUGUUCCCAGCCCACACUUCAACUACAGCCCCAGGCAUAGCCCUCGGCCUAGCCCUGGGUACAGCCCCUGUCCCAGUCCUUGCCACAGCCCAAGACACAGCCCCAUCCUUAGCCCGGUCCCCAGUGUCUGUCUGAGUCCCUGCCUCAGCCCCAGAGCCAACCGCGACCCUAGCCCCAUACCCCGACACCCCCCUAAGAGUCCUAGUCCCAGCCUUACUCAGUCUAGCUCCCGUCACUAUCCUCAGGUUCGGAGUCCUCAUCAGGAAAGCUUCAGGCCUCUCACGCGGCCUAGCUUAACAUCCAGCCCGAGCCAUAGACCCAAAAUCAGGAUCACACCUGCUCCCAGCUUUGAGUCCAAGAGCAAACUGAGGCACAGUUCCUCUCCCCAGCCUCCACUUCAUUACGGCUCCAGGCCUAAACCCAAACAGAGCCAAUCUGUUCCCACUCCCAAGAACACAGCCAAGGCAGCCCCUGCGCUGAGCACUGAGCCAAGCCACAGACCUAGACCUAGUCCCAACUCCAAUCCCAGGCUUCAUUCUCAGCCUAGGUUGAAACACAACCCCAUCCUAGCACUCAAAACCAGCCAACAACUAACAACCUCUGGACAAAGGCCCAAGGAGAGUAGCAGACUCAGCCACAAUUCCAACUCCAAACCCAGGCCCAAGUUUGGGCCUAGUUUGACAACCAGCCUCAGUACCAGUCCCAGUCCCACACCCAGGGCCAAGACCUUACCUCCCGCAGGCCCUAGCAGAGAGACCAGCAGCAGAGUUGGUCACAGUUCCAAAUCGAGUCCCAAGCCACAUUCUCGGCCGAUCUCCAAAGCUGGUUCUGGGCCUAGCUCUAGAUCCAGCCCCAGUCCUAUACCCAAAGUCAAGUCCCGGGAGAACCCUGCUCCCCACCCAAAGCCUCCACAGAGGAAGCCCCAUUCCAGGGAGACAGAACGGGAGGUGGACAACCGGAGAGAGACCCAGGCAGUAGACAGGAAGGCAGACAGGCAGGCAGAGGGAAGGGGGCGGGGUAAUGUAGAGAGACAGGGAGAGAGGCCAGGGGAGAAACAGGGAGAGAGAAGACUGGCAGAGGAUAAGUUGCUUAGACGACCCUGGGUCCAGAGUUCAGAGGAGGAAGAGGACGUAGAGGAGAGAAAGAGGAGGAGGGAGGAGAGAGAGAAGGAGGAGAAGAGGAGGAGGAGGAAGGAGCAGCAGCAGCAGAGAGGUGAAUGGCAGGCGGUCCAGCCCAAGCAGAGACCUCACACCAACAGCGAGCGACACCGCAAUCCCAUUGAUCCACAACGCCACGGGACUAAGAAAAAGAGGAGGAGGAAGAGUGAGGAGGAAGAGAGAGAGUCUCAGCCGGACCCUUCCCUUCCGCCGUCGCCCUCCUCCCCCACACCUGUCAUCCCUCCCACAGAUUCCUCUUCUUCAUCAUCUUCCUCAUCAGAGUCCGACUCGGAGCCCAGUCUGCCUCCCAACGUCGCCAAAGUCCCUGCCGACUCCACGUCCAGCCAGCGUCCCAUCCCCAGGAGAGGGCACCAGGGCCCUGGGAGGCCUUCAGACACCAGGCCAGGAGUGCUCUACCCCACUGCCACAUCCAACCAAGCCCACGGGCCGCAGAGCCAGGCAAAGCAGAAACUCUACACCUUGGUCCCGUUUGGGCGUAGUGAGCAAGCCCCAUCCUCACACCGAGGCCUGAGGAAUCUGGUGGUGCAGUUAAACCUCUCCCUGCUCAGCAGAGUACCUGAUACUACGACAGACACCCCAGCCUCUCACAAACACCCCUCCUCUUCCUCUUCCAAGCAAAAAGAGGCCAUGAGACACCCGUACACCCCAGAGACAGAGGGAGGAGACAGCAGGAGGAAACGGAAGUCAGAGAAUGGAAUCCAGCACCACAGAGUGAGUAAGCGGAGUAACUCCCACACCAACGGCCCCUCAGCCCACACAGAGUCUACAGCUAACAGAGAGAGUAAGCAGAGUAACUCCCAAACCAACGGCCCCUCAGCCCACACAGAGUCUACAGCUAACAGAGAGAGUAAGCAGAGUAACUCCCAAACCAACGGCCCCUCAGCCCACACAGAGUCUACAGCUAACAGAGAGAGUAAGCAGAGUAACUCCCAAACCAACGGCCCCUCAGCCCACACAGAGUCUACAGCUAACAGAGAGAGUAAGCAGAGUAACUCCCAAACCAACGGCCCCUCAGCCCACACAGAGUCUACAGCUAACAGAGAGAGUAAGCGGAGUAACUCCCACACCAACGGCCCCUCAGCCCACACAGAGUCUACAGCUAACAGAGUGAGUAAGCGGAGUAACUCCCACACCAACGGCCCCUCAGCCCACACAGCUAACAGAUGUCUAGACCCCCACAAAGAUGCCAGACACAACAGGUUCUUGGAGGACUACCUAGACAGUAAGAGGCCACUGUCCCCCCUGUCCCCUCUCUCUGACACCCCGGACCACACCAAGCCUCCCAUCAAAACAAAGCCCCCAGUGCAGCACUACACAAACAGUGAGGUGCCCAGGACCCAUGCUAAGAUGGAGGUGGAGUGUGUAGGUGUGUCCGGGAAGCCCCCGCACAUGUGUGAAUCCUGGGGACCUCCUUUACAACGGGCAGGGAGCCAGAGAGGAACUGUACUCAACCAUGAACCCCCACACCAUGCUGAGUACUACAUGCAUGAGGCCAAGAGAAUGAAGCACCGUGCAGAUGCCAUGGUGGAUAAGCUGGGGAAGGCAGUGAACUAUGUGGAUGCUGCUCUCUCCUUCAUGGAGUGUGGCAAAGCUAUGGAGGAGGGACCACUGGAGGACAAGUCACCCUAUACCAUGUACACAGAGACGGUAGAGCUCAUCAGGUAUGCCAUGAGGCUGAAGAACCACUCUGGUCCUGGGGCCAGACAGGAAGACAAACAGUUGGCCGUACUGUGUUUCCGGUGCCUUGCUCUCCUGUACUGGCAGAUGUUUCGUCUGAAGAAGGACCAAGCCAUGAAGUACUCCAAAGCUCUAAUGGACUACUUUAAGAGUUCUCCCAAAUUGCCUACUACACCCCUCAUCUGGAGCGGCUCAGGAAAGGGCACAGGGGGGCCUCCCACCUCUCUCUCCCCCAGCCCCUCAGCCCUCCCCCUGGGCAGCUCCCCCUCUUCCCUCAUCAACAUUCCCCUGCGUAUCCACCAGAUGGCAGCAAACCACCUGAACAUCACCAACAAUGUCCUAUACAGCUAUGAGUACUGGGAGCUAGCAGAAAGCCUGGUCAGAGACAACAAUGAGUUCUUUAACUACCUGAAUACACUGUCAGGGCCAUUGACUCUCCACAGUAGUAUUGCUCAUGCAGUCCAGUACACCAGACAGGGUCUGCAGUGGAUCCGUAUCAGUGCCAGUGUGGGCUAGUGGCAGGACGGAGAGGGACACAACCAGUGUGAUUAUAAGGGGAGGAUUCCCCCUGCACUCCACGUCGUCAGCAUUCCACUUCGUCAGGAUCAGUGUGGGCUAGUGGCAGGAGGGAAAGAGGGACACAACCAGUGUGAUUAUAAGAGGAGGAUUUCCCCUGCAUUCCACGUCGUCAGGAUCAGCGUGGGCUAGUGGCAGGACGGAGAGGGACACAACCAGUGUGAUUAUAAGAGGAGGAUUCCCCCUGCAUUCCACGUCGUCAGGAUCAGCGUGGGCUAGUGGCAGGACGGAGAGGGACACAACCAGUGUGAUUAUAAGAGGAGGAUUCCCCCUGCAUUCCACGUCGUCAGGAUUAUUAUUAUGCUUCAAUUCUCAGCAUGUACCGUAAAUGAUGGGUUGGAUUUAUACACAGUGGUGACGCUUUACCUUGUGCUUUAUCUUGAUUGGGGGCAGGUGUUGUUAUUCCUACAAUCAAGCAGAGCGAACUGUCUUGGUAUCUCUUUCCUCUUCCUGUUCGGAUUGUCAGUGCAGAUCUACAAAGUGCCACAUGGAUUUAAAGCCUUUAAACUUGCUGCUUUGCCAAAUGUGCCACAUGUGAUGAUGAAACAAACACAGAAACUGUCUAACAAGGACAUUUUAAGAGAAACAUGGCUCAGUGCACCAGCGAGGACUUUAUGAUUCUUCUACUGUACAAAACAUAGACUGUAAAAGAUCCAGAGACCUGGACUACAUUUCUGAAUACAAUGCAUUCACCCACAGUAAAACUCUAACUAGCCUCCGUUGCAAAAAAGUCACUGUGGUAACCAGUGACCAUUUCCUCAAAAAGCCAAUUCCUGUCCACUGGGUAUAGACGCCAGCUCAAUGACUAGUUUUGAUUUACGUUUGGUUGAGUUGUCUACUAAUGUGAAUUCAACGUGAAUAAACAAAAAAUGUCAUCAUGCUAUUGGAUUUAGGUUGGAAAAAAGACAAAAUUCCCUUCCGUUGAUUACUUUUUACAAAUCCAAUCGGUUUUCCAUGUUGAUUCAACGUCAUCACAUUGAUUGUUCUUCUUAAAAUGAUGUGGAUACAACAUUCAUUCAACCAGUUUGUGCCCAGUGGGAAGAGACCUGGACUGCAUUUCUGGACUACAUUUCCCAUGAGCCUUUACAAGACAAAUGGAUUCUUCAUGGGAAAGGUGAAGUUGGGAUUUUGAGUUUUCUUUUGGAUUGUCAGACCACUCAUCCCAAAGGGUGGAUCAAUUUACCGGUAGCUUUACUUUUAUGUUUAAUGACUCCACUAUGUGAUGGCCUUUUUAAGGACAUUUUGAGAUACCUUUCACUUUUUUUAUGUGCACUGUGUGUGUCAGACCAUUCAUUUUUACAAAAAUACCAAAACUAGAGCAUUUAGAUGUCGUUUUUCUGGCCAGCAUUCAUGUUCCUGUCUUUGCAAAAUUAUUAUUUAUAACAUCGUCUAAUGUGGUUAUCAAAAGUUACAUACCAAAAUGUGUUUCAUAAAUGUCUUUUUGAUAUUGCAAUUUGUAUG